AUGGCCGACUCGACGUCCACGAAUACUCCGGCAGCCCCCGUGAGCCGGACGAACCGGCCGAUGAGCGAGGCUCUCCUCAACGAGAAGUGGGACCACUGCCUCAGCACCAUCCUCAUACGAAGCACACUGGGCGCGUCCUUCGGCGUCAUAUUCUCGGUUCUCCUGUUCAAGCGAAGAGCGUGGCCGGUGUUUACAGGUCUUGGGUUCGGAGCUGGGAGAGCGUGGGAGGAAUGCGAUAGUAAAGUUCGACCCGCCAAGCCGAAAUCGGAAAUGCUUGCGACCAAGUCCGAUAACUCCAGGCCAUCCACGAACAACCUCCUCACUACUUAUAUCAAGUUCCUCGCCGCCUAUGCAGAGUACUACAGCAGGAAAGCAGAUCAAGCUUCUGAGGCCUCGUCCGAAAGUCCGACACCAACAAUGGCCGCCAUCUUCGAUCCAUCCGACCCAGCAUCACCGCUCGCUUACGAUGCAUCCCAAACCGCCCUCCUACUAAUGGAUUACCAAGGCCUGAUCAUCUCGCACUGCGGCCCAUCCGCACAAGCCGCCCUCCGCACAGCCGCGAAUAUGCGCAACUGGGCGCUGAAACACGGCAUCAUGGUCCUCCACUCCGUCCUCGACGUCCAGGGCACUCCACCACCGACCUGCAAAGGCGCAGCCCGCAUAUCCCAAAUGCUCGCCUCAGCAGCCAAAGACCCCUCUUCCGCUGAAGAGCCGACCGAAAUCGCCUUCAGCCAGGCCGACGGCGAGUACAUCGUUCUCAAGCCCGCUGGCACGAUAUCAGCUUUGAAGUCAAAAGGCGCAAUGGAGUUGUUGCGGGAGCGUGGGGUGCGGAGUUUGAUUCUUUGUGGGCUUUCGACUUCGGGGGCGGUGCUGAGGACAGCCAUGCCGGCGAUGGAUGAGGGGUUUGUGGUGACGGUGGUGGAGGAUGGGUGUGCGGAUCGGGAUGAAGGGGUGCAUGGGGUGGUGAUGGGGAGUGUUUUGCCAUCGAGGGCGCAUGUUGUUAAGGCCGAGGAGUUUACGGGCGAGUGGGAGGGGAAGGGGGAGGCGUAG